GCCAACAUCGGCGUCGUCGGCAUCAGCGAGCAGCGCUGCAGCGGGCACGCCCAUGUAUGGGCAUCAGGGAGGCGGCACAGCCGUUGCACCACCGCCACCGCCGCCGCCACCGCACCAUGCCUAUACGGUGCAUCAUCCGGGCGGCUAUCCGCACGGACAUCCGCAUGCGCAUCCGCAUCCGCACGAGCACUUCGACUCGUACAUCUCGAAGCUGCAGUCGCUGUGCGUACCGCCCGACGUCUACGCUCUGCCCGAUGAUGGCGGACGACCCGUCUACAACUCCGUAAAGCCGAGCAUGCACCAGGACUACGGCAAGCUGAUGCCCACGCCCAUUUAAGGCGUGUUCGGGUUGCGUCCGUGUGUACAUAAUACCAUAAGUAAAUUGCACUGAUCAUGAAUCAUUGUGAUUCAUAAUGAUUCAAUCUACAUAGUAAAUGAGUUUUUCAGUUUGGAUCAUGGUUGGUGAGUCAUGAAUCAUUUGGCAACUAUGGGUUAUGAAUCAAUUUUGAUCAUCAAAUUACUUCCUGGUUGAGUUUAGCUGAGGGAAUGCAACAUUUAAUCAAUAAUGAAUCGAUUAAGUUGUGCAUUUCUAACAUAAUUUUUGCAUUGGAAUCAUCAGCUUCAGAAGCUAUCAGUCUUGAAAUCAUCCAAAUCAUUGUGAAUUGUUAAUCAAAAUUAAUAUAAUGCAACUUGAGUGCAAUGAAUCAUUACUUAUGCAUCAUGAGAAGUGAAUCAAUAAUCAUGAAUUACAAGCUAUGAGCCAUGAGCUAUGAAUUAGGAGCUAUAAACUAGGAGUUAUGAGUCACGUGUUGCAUGAUUCAUGAUUCAUGAAGUGUGAUUCGUGAAUCGUAGCUUGGAGUCCCUGACUUGCACAAGAAAUUAACUCAGACUCAUGCAAAUCAUCAGCAAUUUUUGACUGAUGUAUCACGAAUCAAAGGCUAUGAAUCAUAAAAUUCGAUACUGCCUCCUGAAAAUCUAUAAUUUUGUUGUAAUUUAUGAUGCAAUUGUUCACUUGAAUCUUUACUAACAUACACAAAUCAUGAUUAUAUUCAAUCGAAUCCAAUGAUUUCUGAUUGAAUCUGUGUAAGCCGAUAAGAUAAGACACAUUAUAGAUAUAGGUAACGUAUAGAGAUGUUGAGAGACGUUAAGUAUAGCGUAGAUUGAGCUGUUCCACGUUUAUGUCCUAGGCGCUUCAUCGUGUUGAUAAAUUGUAUAAAUAUGCUAGCAAAACUAAAAUCUAAACUAAAACUAAAACAAAACUAAAUAUAAAUAUAAAUGUGUUGUAUUUUUUUUUUAUUAGUAACCGUAUCUGUAUCUGUAUCAAAUACUAACUAGCAGUUAAAUAUAGUAGAAGUACAUUU